GCAUCUCGCUAUCCUUCCUUUCUUUCUCAUGUCGAUUCCAAAGUAAUUUUGUUUGUGUCGACUAAAAAAUGAAGCUAAAUGUUUCAUAUCCAGCAACUGGAGCACAAAAAGUGAUUGAAGUUGAUGAUGAGCGAAAACUACGUAGCUUUUAUGACAAGCGCAUGGCGCAAGAGGUUGACGCUGAAUGCUUGGGAGAUGAAUGGAAGGGUUAUAUUGUUCGUAUAAGUGGUGGUAAUGACAAACAAGGUUUCCCAAUGAAGCAGGGUGUUAUGACGAAUGGCAGAGUCCGCCUUCUCUUAGCCAAAGGUCACUCCUGCUACCGACCCAGAAGAACUGGCGAACGAAAACGGAGGUCCGUCCGGGGGUGCAUUGUUGAUUCCCAAUUGAGCGUGCUCAAUUUGGUCAUAAUCAAGAAAGGGGAACAGGAGAUCCCAGGUCUUACCGACCGGGUUGUGCCAAGACGGCUGGGUCCCAAGCGUGCCAACAAAAUCCGAAAGCUCUUCAACCUUAGCAAGGAGGAUGACGUCAGGCAGUUUGUCAUCCGACGUCCACUGCCCGUUAAAGAAGGCAAGAAGCCUCAAUCUAAGGCACCAAAGAUCCAGAGGUUGGUUACCCCACAGAGGUUGCAGCGUCGUAGAAAAAUCAUGGCUGAGAAACGCAAUCGGGUGAAGAAGAAUAGAGAAGAACAGGCGGAAUAUCACAAGUUGUUGGCCAAACGUGCAAAAGAAUCCCGCGAGAAACGUCAAGAGCUUUUGGCUAAGAGGCGUAGGCAGUCGAGUGUGAGAGAGUCCAAAAGUGAGAAAUAAGAAGAACAUCUGUGAAAUUUUGGUGUGAAUAAAGGCAGAUAAUUCAA